UAUAACGGCUAAAGGCUAAAGUUGGAUUAACUCUCUAUGCAUCGUGUAACUACUUGCAAAGUUACUUACGUAUAUAACGAUAUUUACUCGUGGCUGCAUCGCAAAUACUACCGUAUAACUGUUUUCCGCACUGCGGCGCGGAUAAAUGUUUAGCGAAUAAAUAACGAUAUAUAGGGAAAUCUGAGUAUCUACCGAUAUUCGCAAUCGCGCUUCUCGACUCUCUCGCGAAGCGUAACGUAUCGUUUGCCACAUUGAUUAUGCGAAUCGCGCGCGCGUUUUUAACGUCUCGGUAAUGUUUAUAUCCUGAUUUUAUUGCAGAUGAACAACGUGGACGGCAGCAGCGUGGUGGAGAAGCUAUCGUUCUACAAUCACACGGAAUGUGAAUGCAAGGAGAGGGCCGAGUACAACGAACCGAGUACGACGAACGAGAGACCCGCGGAUCAACGAGUCUAUCGACAUCAGCCCUCGUCGCCUCCUCAAAAUAUGAAGAAACCGCCAUCGAGGAAACCAUGUCGUUGCCCGUCGGAAUUCACGCCGAGGAUCACGUUGGGAGGCAUUUGUCAGUGUAAUUGCUACGAGAGCAAUGAAAAUUGUUUGAAGACCAAACGCGGAAAGGGAUAUUUCUCCCUCGCGGACAGAAUAUGCAUUCAGAAGAAUGAGUGUGCGAUGCCAACUUGCGAGUUCGGCGAGUACAUGACGCGGCAAGGCAAGUGUCCGCGAAAGAGGGACACUUUCGACGCGAUGGCGGGCCGUACGAAUCAGAAUCACCAAUUCAGAAGCUAGAUGAACCGCAGCAGACGGAUAGCGAGGGAUAGCGAGGAAGAUGAGGAUGACGAUCGCGAGUAGCGAAGCGCGAUCGUAGUGCCAAUGAAGAAAAGGAGGUAGCGCGCGUGACGAAGCGCACGUGAAAUCGACGGUGCCAUUUUCUUUCAUUUUCUUUCAAGUGCCUUCGUCAGAGAGACGCUAUACGUUUGUUGUAUACACGUUAUGCUAUGUAUAGAAAUUUACAUCGCUAUCUAGGCCGCGUAUGUAUCGUCGUCGCUUUUUUUUUUUUCUCUGCCGCGAUCGACGAGGAUAUGAAACAAAGUGAUAAAGAUCGUCGACUUUCGAUAUCGGUGAUCGUCUCGCGAGGACAGUAAAAUAGUAUUUCGAUGUUUAAGUGAUGAAUUAUAGUUCUAUAGCGAUAUACUCGAUGUUCAUGACGGUUCACCGAGAGAGAGAGAGAGAGAGAGAGAGAGAGAGAGAGAGAGAAGAAUAAAUAAA